AUGGCUAGCACUGAAGAAGAAAAUAUAACUCAAAUUACAGAAUUUAUCCUUUUCGGUUUUGGGGAUCUCCAUGGCCUUCAGUUUCUUCUUUUUGGGGUAUUUCUGGUCAUCUAUGUGGUGACUCUCAUGAGCAACAUUGUAAUCCUAACUGUUGUGUCAGCUGAUCACUCCCUUCACACCCCCAUGUAUUUCUUUCUUGGCCACUUCUCCUUCCUAGAGAUUGGGUACACCACUACCAUUGAGCCCAUGAUGCUGAGGACAUUCUUAUCAGCUCAUGUGCCUAUUUCCUUCCCAGGCUGUGCUUGCCAGUUUUAUUUUUUUGCUUCUCUGGUGGCCACUGAAUGCUUCUUCCUGGCUGUCAUGUCUUAUGAUCGCUAUAUAGCUAUCUGUAACCCAUUGCAUUACUCCAGUAUAAUGGACUACUGGGGUUGCUUACAGCUAGCUGGUGCUUCUUGGGUGGCUGGAUUUCUGGCACCCAUCCUUCUCAUGGUCCUCAUUUUUUGGUUAACAUUUUGUGCUGACAAUAAGAUUGACCACUUCUUCUGCGAUUUGAAACCCAUCAUGAAGCUUGCCUGCACUGAUACUCAAGUAGCUGAGAUGACCUCUUUUAUAUGUACCUCCUCAUUUGCCCUCGGCCCCUUCCUGCUAACUCUAGCAUCUUAUAUCAUCUCCACCAUUCUGAGGAUUCCUUCUACUGCAGGGAAACAGAGGGCUUUCUCCACCUGUUCCUCCCAUCUGACAGUAGUCAGUCUGUACUAUGGAAUGCUAGGCAUUGUCUAUGGCUUCCCAUCAGGGCCUCAGCAUGAGGACUUAUUGAAGUCACUUUCCCUUCUGUAUACAGUGCUUACCCCUUCCCUCAACCCUAUUACUUACAUGCUAAGGAACAAAGAUGUAAAGGUGGCUCUAAGAAAAUUGGUACAAUGA